UGCAAUUAUUCAAAUUUGCAAUGUGGAAAAAAUACUGGAAAUUUUACUAAAGAAUAAUUUUUCAAUUGUCAAUGGUCAAUUUGAAAUUUUCAAAUUUUUUAUAGGUUUGAAAAAUGUGUUCUAAAAAUUUCCUUUCGAUAUCUAUAAGUAAUUAAUAACAAAAUAUUUGUCUAAAAAUUCAAAUAUUUACGACUACUUUUAUAAUAUAAAAGGCAAUGUCGAUUGUGACAUAUUUAGAUAUAAAAUUCAGUUACCUAGAAGUCGUCGAAAAGUGUGUACCCAAAAAAAUAAUCUAUUCAAAAUAACAUAGAAAAAAUUUCUGCAUAUAAAAGUUUUUUCACUUUUAAUCAAAAAGAUUUAUGAAUUUAUAAAUUAAAAAAUGGAGAUGACAAAUUUUACGACACCUAUGCAAGCUGUGCAAACAAUUUCAAUGUUCAGUUAUUUAACAACUCUCAGCGAUUUUUUAGUGGGGAAAAAUUUAUUAAAUAUUAAUAAUCAAUAUCAACCAAUUCCAGUGGUAAAUAGUUUAUAUCAUUAUUUUCUCUACAAUACUGGCAGAAAACAAAAAAAUGUUAUUGAAGAACGAAAAAUACGUUUGGCUCGCAAAUUAAUAAGAGGCACAGAUCUUUAUGGUGCAAAAGAAAAUGAAAUUCCAGAUCCAAUUUUUGUUGAUUCACUAUUUAGACAUAUAAUUACAACACUUGUGUUUGAAAAAUAUAAAAAUAUUUAUGGAUUUCUCGUAGAAAUUGUUCGCAAUUCCAAGGAUUUAGAAAUAAAGACAAUAAACGAAAAUAUUUUUACCACAUUAACAGAAGAAAUAUUUCUUAAUGAAAAUGGAGAAUAUUCAAAAUUAGAAAUAAUUUCAAUAUUUAAAAUUCAACAAGAUUUUAUUUACCCCCUGUUUCCAAAAAUAACAACUAACAUUAAUUUACUAUCAAUUGAUUAUAUUUAUGCUCAAGCUGGUGCAAUGUUUCAUUUGUCACAAAAUCCAUCACCGUUAAUUGUACCAACAGUAUACAAUCAUAAGGAUCUAAUUAAUCCUAGUGCUAAAUUUAAUGAAUUUGUAACCAUAGCACAUGCUAUAGAACAAUUAGUAAUCGCUGGAAAACUGGAAAUCAAAGUUAUGGCAAUUUUUACACUUCCUUCACUCUUUUUUUACAUUUCCACUCAAAAAGAGGUGCUUAAAAAUGUAAGUACGGAAAAAAUUAUGAUGAAUUCGACCUUAGGUGCCGAAGCCUACAAUAUGUUAUUUACAUAUCUAAAUAAUAAAUUUGAAGAAUUGAAAAACGCUAAAAAAAAUGACUAUCGAUAUCAAUUUUAUUUGGCUAGAGCAAAUUUUAAAAAUCGUACAACACUUGCUAGAGAAAUUAUUAGAAGUAGAUGUCUCUUGAUUAAAAAAGAAGAUUUGGAAGAUGAGGUCACAAAUUACAAAAACAAUCCUGAUGCUUAUCAAUGUAAUACUGGAAUAUGGACAAAGAAGAUUCAAAUAUUAGCUGAUUUAAAUCUUCUUUACCAAGAAGAAGUGAAUAAAAUAACAAAUAAAUACUUUAUUUACCAAAAGAAAUCAAUUAUAGAUGCUUUUGGUGAAGAUUUUAUAAAAUCAAUGAACAAUCAAAAAGUUAAAAUCUACAGAGGAUUAAUUGACGAUUAUUUAGAAGGUUAUACGGUAAGACAAAUACAAUAUGUUAAGAAAAGUGAUGAUUUUUUUAAAUUCUACUUUCCUGAAACUAAUACCACUGUUUUUUAUGCUUUAAUUCGUGAUGAUAAGAAAUUUACAGCAAUUCAACAAGCUAACGAUAAAAUUAGUUUUACUUGUAAUCCUUCUACUAAUACUUCGAAUACUAAUGAUACAGUUAGUGUUAAUUCUACACCAAAUAAAAUCGUAAUUCCACAAUGUUCGGUUAUACAGUGUACUGCUAAUGAUUUUCGUCAAAAAUUAGGAAUGCCAACUACGAUGAUAUUUCCAGAUUAUCUAAUGACAAGCGUAGAAAAAGAAGUACAGGAAAAUUUUGAUGAUUUUAUAAUUAAAAUCGCUAAGGAAAGAGCUGGGAAUUUUAAUAAAAGUCUUAGAAACGAGGGAUAUGAUGAGACAAAACAGGAAUGGUGGGAAGAUUUUGGAUUAUCACUCAUCCCAUUUUACACAUGUGUUGAUGGAUUUCAAACGAAUAAUGACAAUGAAUUAUCAUCAUGUCUACUUGAUGUGGUAUCAAUGAUACCAUUUAUAGGCGACCUAGAGCUAAUUCUCGAAAAAUUUACAACAGUUACAACGAGAUCUUUGCUAUCAAUAGCAGGUACUACAUUUGCUUCAUUUACACUCAGAGAAAGUAUGCGUACAACUUUAGAAAAAAUUGGUGAAGUUAUAGCAAACGAGGCAGUAAAUUUUUCCGAAUUAUUUACUAAGGAAACAUUUAAAGGUUUUGGUAUUUCACUAUUUCGUUACGUUGAUCCGGGGUUUGAACUUAUUUACGACAUUGGCCGAGGAGGAGUGAGGGUGAUGAGAAAUUUAAUAACGGAACUAAGAAAAUAUUCCCUCUCGUUCGACUCAUUGAGGACAAUGUUACGAAAAUGUGAGGAAAAAAUUUUGAAUACAUUUACUAAAAUUAAUAACAAAUUCUCCGAAAUGGAUGUCUAUGUAAAUUCUUUGUCGAAAAAAAAUUCUGGCUAUGGUUAUAAAUACAUUGAGUAUACUGAUGAACGAGUUCUUCAGAUUAGGCAAAUUGAGGAAGAGGGAAAUAGGGAAAUGGUGGUUCAACUAAUUUCCGGUGAGAGGAAUCUUUGUAUGGCUUUGGAUAUGAAAAAGGGUAAAAUAAGAAAAAAGGUGCUGCAUGUUAAAAACGAGCAUAUGGAGAAUGAAAAUUCUGAAUUUGUAAUAAAUAGUUUUCAUGAUAGUGAGCAGUGUGGAAAGCGGAUUCGAAGAACUCCGACGGAAUAUCUUUGUAUGAGAAAUACUCUAAAGGAUAAACGGGAAAAAAUUGAGAAAGCGGCAUUAGAUUACGUUCGAGAAUAUGGAGUACUUUCGGAAGAUGUUGUACUAAAGGAACUAAGAAAGUAUGUAUUUCCAGGUACAGGUGAGAAACAAUUGCAAUUCGUUAAGGAUUGGAGAGAAAUGAUCCAAAAUGGUCACACGGGUUUACCAGCUUGGAGUAAGGAAUACAAAAUACAGGAUCAUAAUUAUUUUCAACACAUAAUAUACUCGGAUAGUAUGGACAAGAAACAAACAACUUACAAUGAAGCAUACGAGAGAUUGAAAUCAAUUUAUUUCCAAGAAUAUCCAGCGACUGGGACAUCAGUUUUGCUACAUACUUUCGAAGCACAAAAAGCCUAUGAAUCCGUAACUUUUGAGGAUUUUGCUGCAAUACACAAUUACAUGGGCAGUGGUUACAGUAGAAUGGAUGAAAAUACAAUAGAAGCGAGAUCAAUGCGAGCAGCAUUAUAUCGAUUGGCCAUUAGACAAGCAGAGGAUCCUAUUAAAGAAUUUGCAAAAAUUCUCUAUCGUGGUGAAACUAGACCUCAGGAAGUAGUUGACAAAUUGUUUCAAUCGGGUAAAGAACUAGAAUUAAAUCGAUUUACAUCUGCAACGACAAUGAGACACAUUGCAUACAGAUUUCAGUACAGUUCAAUGGAGAAUGUUAAAAUUUUAUAUGAAAUGAAAUUUUCCGAACCAUAUCUAAGAGCAAAAUUGGAACCAAUGGAUAGAUACAAUCAUGAAAGGGAAACUGUUCUUCUACCGGGUAGUAAAUUUCUCAUUGAUGAGGUGAAAAUAGAUAAAAAUAAUUGGAAAGAAAUGUUAGUGGUUAAAAUGACUUUUCUUCAUGAUAAAUUUCCAAAACACAAAUGUUACAAGAAGUAUAUGAACGAAUUGGAGAAACUAAAGGAAAAAGAUGCUACUUUAUUAGAAACUCAUUUCCGUUAAAUUUGUUCACUUCCA